GCUUCUCCUUCUCUCGGCUGCUCGCCAAAAAACCCUAGAUUUCGCUCCGCUUGUGUGCUCCGUCUCGCACUCUCUUCGUCAGAUCCGUGGAAGCUUCUAGAGAAUGGCGAGCGAGCACACAGUGUUGCAGUUUUCGUCGUCGAGCUUGUCGGCGAAGGUCCACCCUCUCGUCAUCUUCAACAUCUGCGAUUGCUACGUCAGACGCCCCGACCAGGCCGAGCGCGUCAUCGGAACCCUACUCGGCUCCAUCUCCCCCGACGGAACCGUCGAUAUCCGCAACUCCUACGCCGUUCCUCACAAUGAGAUCAGCGACCAGGUUGCUGUGGAUAUUGAGUACCACCACAAUAUGUUGAUGUCCCACCAGAAGGUGAAUAUAUAUUUUUUUUUUUUUUAUUUGUACUCAACAGGAUUAGGAGUUAACAGUGGCAGUCAACUGAUCCACGAAUUUUACUCUAGAGAAGUUCCCAACCCUGUUCAUUUGACUGUUGAUACUGGGUUUAAUAAUGGAGAGGGUACAAUUAAAGCUUAUGUUUCUGUAAAUUUAUCUCUUGGAGACCGGCAAAUUGCUGCGCAAUUUCAAGAGAUUCCGUUGGAUCUUCGUAUGGUUGAAGCUGAGCAAGUUGGAUUUGAUAUUCUAAAGACUACAGCGGUUGAUAAAAUCCCAACUGAUUUGGAAGGAAUGGAGGCCUCAAUGGAGCGAUUGUUGGCUUUAAUUGAUGAUGUUUCCAGAUAUGUUGACAAUGUUGUGGAAGGGAACAUAGCACCAGAUAACAACAUAGGGAGAUUUAUCUCAGAUACUUUAGCUUCUGUUCCCAAGUUGUCACCGAUGGCUUUUGAUAAGCUUCUCAAUGACAGUCUGCAGGAUCAUUUGCUGUUGCUAUAUUUGUCAAGCAUCACCAGAACGCAACUCAGUUUAGCAGAAAAGUUGAACACAGCCGCUCAGAUUCUGUAAUUUCUGUCUCACUUUAAGGGAAUAUAUGUAGCGGGACAAGUUAAUUUGACAAGAAAAAAAAAAAGUUCUGUUUCAGCUAUAUGGCCAACUUCGAGAAAUGUGGCCUUUUAUUUGAAGAGGUGGUAAUAUUUUGCGUCAUCUUAUUUUUGCAACGAUAUUUUACUUCGUUUUCAGUUUAGGUAGCUUGUCCCUAUGUCAAGAUUGCUUUAUUUGGUUUAAUUAUUGGAAAUAAGCUCUUUUUCGUUUUUGAAGUCCAA